GCACCUGUCCCCGCCCACAACACCUGGCAGACGGGAGAGGGCGUGUGCGCAUGCUCCAUCCUCAGCCAGAAAUCUCUUAUAGUUGACCACACAUUGUCAACCAAUAGUCUUCAAAUAUUUUCAGGGAUAAGACAGCAACAACGCAUCACAGGAACAGAGGAGCAGAUUGCUAUUGGAUCUGGAUGGCCAGUGAUUUUGGAUAUUAGCAAAGACCGAACAAGGAGAGUGAAAAUGCCUCGGUCCUUCUUGGUGAAGAGUAAGAAGGCGCACAGCUACCACAAGCUCCGCUCCUUUGAAGAUGACUGUAGACUGGAUACUAUCUUAGCUCAUAUAUGUGCAGGUAUGUGGAUGUUAUUUCCAUGUUAAUGUCUGGAUGUUGUGUGAGGUGCACCAUUUAUAAAUGCAAAUGAUUUCAAUCGAAAUGGACAAACUCAUUCGUUUUUCUGUAGCCUAAUUAUAUUGUUCUAAAUAUUCACUUUUAUUUGUCUAGUUUUACAGAUUCAAAUAAAUAUAUAGCCCAAAUGGGCUUAUCUUGUAUCUAAAUCUUAAAUGUUUACAUUAUUUCGAUAGCUACACUGACCUCAGUGGAAUGAAUUUGCAUAGUUAUUCUUCAUAAGAUUUAAUUGUACUGACACAUAUAGGCUAUUUCUAAAGUUAUUUAUAUUUUGUCUUCUUCUUACAAUAAUUAUUACAGUAUUAGGAUAUCAUUAUCAAAGUUGUAUUUUUGUCGUUGUUAUAGGCUAAGGCUAUUGCAAUAGGCUACUCACGUUGUCCUCGAUGUAAUUAAAACAGAGAAUAGUAAGAUUCCAGAGGAAUCGGACGCCUUGACAGGAGGCGAUGCCAUCCGAGAGUUCACCACGGACUCUCACCUGGAGGACACGGCUGACUUCUCCUCCAAGUCCACACUCAACUGUGGGGACAGUGUGUGCGGUCCAGCUUCAGUUUAUGAAGACUUCUGGCGGCCUCCAUCGCCUUCAGCAUCACCAGGUAGAGAUUUAGUCUGUGGUGCAUUAAAAUGUAGCUAUCCCCAAAUGGGAGAUUGUAGCAGAGGCAAUGAUUAAUUAUGCACUGCGAUUACAAUUUCACAAUUUGAUGAUGGGACAUCCUGAUUGCUUGUAGGCCUAUAUCCAUCUUAUGCUUUUAAAUCGCAAUACGCUAAUGAAUUACAUUUAUUUGCAACUCAAUAGUAGAUUCAGAGAAAUCCCUGUCUCCCUCGGUGGACGAGACACAACCCUUCCCCGUUGUUCCUUUCCGGCCCUAUGCGUGGAACAGUUACUCUGGUUCGGACAUCCGUCACCUGGUCCAGCAGAGUCUCCAUCACCAGCACCACCACCCCAUGGACUUGAAGAGAUGCCCGGCGAUAGGGUACUACGGCGACCGGGCCAUCGAACCAACCCUCUUUAACAGAAGUCCGGUAGCAGAAAAUGACAGUGAUUACCGGUCUGCUGCGGGUCUGUCCGAGGUUGGGUUGUACUCCGAAGGGAACCUGCACGGGAAAAGCCCAGGAAUCAAGGCCGAGUCUGACUUACUCUGCUCACGGCUCAUUCUGAAUGGUGCCUACAAGUGCAUCAAAUGCAGUAAGGUAAGAUAAUGGAUGCAAAUUGAAAUUUUUAAGCAUCUUAUGUUAGCAAUGACUUGCUUGAAGAUGUGUGGUUAUGGACACACUUGUCCCUCCCUUUAUUGACCUGCCACCAUCAUCAUUCCCCUCACGAAUUUCAAACGACUUCCCUCUGCAGGUGUUUUCGACUCCGCAUGGGUUGGAGGUUCACGUUCGCAGAUCACACAGUGGCACGAGGCCCUACGCUUGUGAUAUCUGUGGCAAAACCUUCGGACAUGCUGUCAGCCUCGAGCAACAUAAAGCUGUGCACUCUCAGGUGACUAUUCUAGAAUCUAGACCAUUCUAGUUUUUGUCACUGAUUAUUCAGUCAAGAAGCAAAAUAGGCUACUUUACCGUUUUGACGAUCUAAUCGAUAUCAUAUUUAGACUUAUAUUUGCCUAUAUACUUCCACAGGAAAGAAGCUUUGAUUGCAAAAUAUGCGGUAAAAGCUUCAAAAGGUCGUCGACUCUCUCCACGCAUCUCCUCAUCCACUCUGAUACACGGCCUUACCCAUGCCAGUAUUGCGGGAAGAGGUUCCACCAGAAAUCAGACAUGAAGAAACACACAUUCAUCCACACAGGCAAGUAGACGUCAGAAAUUGUAGUGUAUUAGUAGACCUCGCUACAACACUAAAUAUGUUAAUUGCAUACACGGCCACCCAAUGCAUAACGGUGAGGUCAUGCGUAAUUUGGCUAUUGAAGGUAAGAUGAUGGUUAAUGCAUACAUUUUUGUUCUGCAGGUGAGAAGCCGCACAAAUGCCAGGUGUGUGGGAAAGCGUUCAGCCAGAGCUCCAACCUCAUAACGCACAGCCGGAAACACACGGGCUUCAAACCAUUCGGAUGCGACCUCUGCAGCAAGGGAUUCCAGAGAAAAGUCGAUUUAAGAAGACACAAAGAAACACAACAUGGACUAAAACCCUCAAACUAAAACAAAACACUUGUUUUUGGAAACCAGAAAUAA